AUGGCAGAUCAAGAAGCUCGUAAGUCUUCAUGGGAAUCUCCAGAAUAUACCACAAGAAUUGAAAGUGUUACGGAGCCUUUUUUUAAGAAUAAAGCGCUGCUGAAAGAAUAUCGAUCUCAAUAUAUGUUUUGCUACCAUUUACUUGCCCGAUAUUACAUUAAAACACAAGAUAGCCGACUUUCCGGUCUAACGGAAGAUGAUCUCCCUCCGUUGCCUGAAAACACAGAACUGAGCUCUAUGGAGAAAUCGUCCGGGGCUCAAAUUCUCAUGAAGCGUGGAAAUUUAAGCAAAAUGCGAGCAGAUAAAACACCGAAAGAAGAUCAUGAAACGAAGAAUAAAUACAGGAGCGUUGCAGAAUCUUGUUACAAUCAAGCUUUAUCUCUUGCCAAGGAGGUUUUGGGAGAUCACCAAUUAACCUGCACUCUCCAUAAGCUUAUAGGAGACCUAUGUUUUAAGAACGACAGAGCAGUGACACAUUAUACUGAUGCCAUAAAUCUGCACAGGAAACUGAAAUUUGAUUCUAACGAGAAAUUUGUGAUAUUGCUCAAGAAUCUCGGAGCGUCCCUGGCGUAUAAUGGUCGCUACGAAAAAUCAGUGGAAACGCUAAAGGAAGCUCUUAUUAUAGCUGAGAAACUCGUUGAGAGAAACACUCCAUGCAGAGCCCAGGUGUGUUGCGAGUUAGCUAGAACUUACAGAGACUUUAAACUUGAUUGCCAAGAAGCUGCAAUACAUGCCAAAGAGGCGAUGAAGAUGCAGAAGUUUCUCCACUUUCAGGACAGAAAAAGGUUGGAAAAUAUCAUAAAAUCGGCAGAGGAAUAUACUGUGGUGCUAAAGAUUAUCGAGCCGUUUAAAGAUAAAGUCGAUGUUCAUGUAAGGACUCGAAUAGAAAGCUGUAUACCCAAAAAACCACAAACAUUUCUUGGCCGAGACGCUGAAGUCGACCAAAUAAAAACUUCCUUGAUGAAGAAUAACUGCGGAAUUGUCUCCAUUGUCGCUGAACCAGGUUUUGGCAAGAGCACGGUUGCCAUUGAAGUCUCUCAUCACAUAAGCCAAAGUACUGUCGUCAUUUAUUCGUUCCUGUCAAAUACUUCAACUGUUUCUGAGGUGAUCGUACGUCUCUGUCAUGACGUUGGCAUUGUUCCUGGAGAAGACCCUGAAUCAUCGUUAUUGUCUUGGUUGAAAAGCAUUGAAAAGAAAGUUGUUCUUGUUAUGGAUAACGUCGAGCAGCUGCUUGGAAGCGAUGUGAAACCUCAGUUCAUUGAGUUACUGCUUACGCUGCGCAAAAAAUCACCCGAAUAUUUGCAGAUCCUAACAACAUCCAGAACAGAAUUCCAAAUCCCUGGGCAAACCGUAGUAAACCACCAACUACAAGUGUUGGAUGUCAAAUCUAGUAUUGAACUUUUGAGAAAGUGUUGCGCUGAUGAAAAAAUUGAAGAUAUACGUUUGUCUGAAUUGGCUAACCUGUGUGGCUUUGUUCCUCUCGCCCUGUGUGUGGCAGGAACACUGAUUCCUAACCUCGAUGAUCCUUCAGAGUUGGUACAGUGGUUAAGAGAGAAUCCUAUGGAAGCAUCGAGCGACUCCAAACAGUGUGUUCUUCAAAAAGUCAUCGAGUUCUCGUUUCAGAAGUUAAGUGAUGACGAUAAGAAAGCGUUGGUUUGUCUUUCGGUGUUUGAUGGGAAUUUUGAGACAAUUCAUGCAAAAAAGGUAAUUGAAAGAAGUACUAAGUUAGAAACCCUCGAAUUUUUGAAAAAUCUAGUUUGUCGAGGUUUAAUACAAGGUACUGAUGAUACGAACUUUGUGAUUCAUCCCUUCGUCAGACGGUUCUUGGCUGAUCAUGACCACUUUCAAUUUGAAAAGGCAAUAGCUCAGGGAUUGAUGGUGAAACAUUUUCUAACGAUGUGCCAUUCGUUAACCAUGGAUUAUUAUUCACACAACGGAUUUACUAAAGCCAGAGAAUCGCUGAAAAGGAACAUUCACAAUGUUGAGAAAACGUUAAAAAUCUGUACCCAAGAUCAGACCACCAUGUUGAAACCAAACAUCCUCGAACUGUUGGCAAGUAGUGAGAUUUACAAGUCUUCAUCCAGCUUUUUUACUACUUCAGCUUGGACUUUGUCUCACCAACGGUUUUAAGAAAUUUCUUUGAGUCUUGUAUUAAACUAGCUGAAAGCCGGGAACAACCAGCGAUUGAGAUCACAUUCCAUUGUCUGCUAGCAGAACAAGAGGGUCGUAAAUCAGCGCGGAAAUCUGCUGAAUACA